UUUCGUUAUCCGUUCCCAAACUCUACAGACUAGAGUUUUCAAUAUUCUCCAAAGCAUGGCCUCCUCUUCUUCAACUCUUCUGCUUCCACUAGGUUCUACUUGUGGCAAAAGUCAAGGCAUUAGUUGCAGUAAGAGAAUUGGGGGUCUCGUUGUGAGAUGCUGGAACUCGGAAGUUAAAGAUUCGAGGGCGAGAGCAAAUUGGGAUGAUGAAUUGAAGUUGAGUAAGAGGCGCAGAGAAGUGAUUGGAUUGAUGUUUGGAGUUGCGAGCGUGUUGGUGGAGUCACAUCAUGUUGCUAAAGGAGCAGGGUUGCCACCAGAGCAAAAGCCAAGGCUUUGUGAUGAUGCUUGUGAGAAGGAGCUUGAAAAUGUACCUACGGUAACUACAGAAUCUGGUUUGCGGUACAAGGAUAUUAAAGUUGGUGAAGGUCCUAGUCCCCCAGUUGGUUUUCAGGUGGCUGCUAAUUAUGUUGCCAUGGUUCCAUCUGGGCAGAUAUUUGACAGUUCAUUGGAGAAGGGUCGGCCCUACAUUUUUCGUGUUGGUUCUGGUCAGGUGAUCAAGGGCCUUGAUGAAGGCAUGCUGAGCAUGAAAACGGGCGGGAAGCGCCGACUCUACAUUCCAGGAUCAUUGGCAUUCCCCAAAGGUCUAACCUCAGCCCCAGGAAGGCCAAGGGUGGCUCCGAAUAGUCCGGUCGUCUUCGAUGUGAGCUUGGAAUACAUUCCAGGCCUGGAAUUGGAUUUUGCAGAAUAAGAAAGUUCUCGCCAGCUUUUUUUCAUUGCAUUGUCUUUGGUCCAUAAGUUUCGUUAAGUACAGGAGCACACAAAGUGAUCCUGGUGUGAGCAGUUGCAUUGAUUUGAAUACAUGUCAAUUUGUUGAUUCAUUUCUUUUUUCCUACUACUUCUGUAUAAGAGCAGGAUAUCCCUGAACUCAUGGGAUAAUCUAGAGUUGCAAACAAAAGAAACAUUAAGGACUUGGGAAACUCUAU